AUUGCAUUCAGUCAGUUGAGCAUUUUCUGCCAUGGCUCAGAUACGCAACAAGUGAACACCCAAGAGCAACAUGGUCUGAACUAUUCCGAUAAUGGGAACUCCAGGAGGUUUUUAAAGGUGACUUUGGGGAGAGACAUCACAAGGCUCAAACAGGAUGUAGUGGAGAAGACAACAAAGUGGAAAGGAAAAGAGGAGCAGAAGAAAAUGAUAGAACCACUUCCCAGGGUGGAAGGAACCAAGGAGAACUUGGCUGUGAAACCACCACCCCAGUUACAGGAAAUCAAGAAUACAACAGUGAAAACAGCCCCAGUGGUGCAGGGAAGCAAGGAGAAAACAACAGUGAGACCAGCUCCAGGGAUGGAAGAAGCCAAGGAAAAAACAACAGUGAAAUCACUUCCCAGGGUGGAGGGAGCCAAGGAAAAGGCAACAGUGAAACCACUCCCUGGGGUGAAGGGAACUCCUGAAAACAACCCACCCAAAGACCAAGCAAAACCAAAAGGACCUCCUGCAUCAAUAAAAACUGUAAGACCUGUUCCUCAGGCUGCUGCAGUGACAGAAAAGAGGAAACUGAGCAUUGCUAACUUCACAUCUGAGCCGCACUGGGAUUUCGAGGACCAGUACCUGCUGGACAACUCAUCUCCACCCUCGACCUGCUCUGAAUCAGUGAAGGUCAAAGUUGCCAAGUCUGACUGGCUGCGGGAUCUCUUCCUGCCCAACAUCAUGCUCUUCACAGACAGGAGAUUCUUCAGUGACAGUGAAUGGCAGCGCCUGGAGCAUUUUGUACCCCCAUAUGGCUUCAUGGACCUGAAUUAUUCACUGGUGAAGGAGGUCAUAUCCCAGCUGCCCCCAAAUCCUCACCAGCAGCUGCUCCUGGCCAACAGCAACAGCAGUGUGCCAACAUGCAUCAGCUGUGCUGUUGUGGGGAAUGGAGGAAUAUUGAAUAACUCUGGGAUGGGCCAAGAGAUUGACUCCCAUGACUACGUCUUCCGGGUGAGCGGGGCUGUAACCAAAGGUUAUGAAAAAGAUGUGGGGACAAAAACCUCAUUUUAUGGAUUCACAGCCUACUCCCUGGUUUCCUCUCUUCAGAUCUUGGGACACAGAGGGUUCAGCAACAUCCCACAUGAUGAACAUGUCAGAUACAUUCACUUUCUGGAGGGAGCUAGAGACUAUGAGUGGCUGAAGGCUUUUCUGCUGAACAAGGUCAUCAGGAAAGGAGUCUCCAACUUUGGCGGGCACAAACCUCGGCAGAUGUUUGAUAAAGAUUUCACAAUGGACAAGUACCUGGUGGUUCACCCUGAUUUCAUCAGAUACGUGAAAAACAGGUUUUUAAAGUCUAAAAAUCUGGAAAAACGCUACUGGAGGCUGUACAGACCCACAACUGGGGCCUUCCUGCUGCUGACUGCUCUCCAUCUCUGUGACCGGGUGAAUGCCUAUGGCUACAUCACAGAGGGGUACAAGAAUUACUCGGAUCACUACUAUGACAAGAGCUGGAAACCUCUGAUUUUCUACAUUAACCAUGACUUCAACCUGGAGAAGCAGGUGUGGAAAAAGCUUCAUGAUGAGAAUAUCAUGAAGCUUUACCAGAGAUCCUGA